AUGUCGGAUCAAGGGGUAGCAUCUCAAAAUUCACUUCAGAUGACCCAUGAAAUGAAAGGCAUGAUUCUUGGUUCUGUGGCAGCUAUAAUUGCUUCUGUUCUUUCUCUUGUUGAAGAGUAUAGGUUAAGGAAUAAAAGGCCUAGAAUAAUUAGGCAACCUUAUGUGAAUAGAGAUAGUUUGAGGGAGGCAAAUAUCAAUAGUAUUUUACAUUGUGGUGACACUCAUUGUCUAGGACAAAUUCGUAUGAGGCCUGCUCCAUUUUAUAGCCUAUGUAAUAUUCUAGUUGAAAGAGGACUUUUGCGGGAAAGUGUUCGGAUGAGUGUUAAGGAGCAAGUAAUUAUAUUUUUACACUUAUUGGGGCAUAAUGUAAGGUUUCGUGUGAUUGGGGGAAGAUUUUUUCGGUCAACAUGGACCGUACACUACUAUUUUCAUAUUGUACUUCAAGCUAUCCUUCGAUUGUAUCCAGAGGUAGUGAAACCACCAACAACUUCAAUUCAACCAGAAAUUCAAAACAACCCUAGGUUCUUUCCAUGGUUUGAGGAUUUCAUAGGGGCUAUAGAUGGAACACAUGUGCGUGCCUCCGUUCCCAUUGAGAUACAAGAUAGAUUUCGUGGUAGAAAGGGCAGAACAACGCAAAAUGUGCUAGCUGCUGUUGAUUUUGAUGCCAAGUUCACAUAUGUUCUAGCUUGCUGGGAGGGUUCUGCACAUGAUUUAAGGGUCCUUAAUGAUGCGCUAAGUAGGGGUUUCAAAAUUCCAGAAGGGAAGUAUUAUCUUGCAGAUGCGGGUUUUGGUAGUCGCAAAGGUCUUAUGCCUCCAUACAGGAGAACCCGUUAUCACUUGAAAGAAUUUACAAACAAUCCUCCAGAAAAUGAACGGGAGUUAUUCAACCUUCGACACUCUUCAAUUAGAAUGGUUGUAGAGAGGGCGUUUGGAAUUCUAAAGGCGAGGUUUCGUGUUUUGGAUGCUAAGCCUUUUUGGUCAUUUAAAACCCAGGUUGAUGUGGUGAAGAAUGAAGAAAAAAAAGGGAAUUUUCGUUGGUCAAAACAAAUGUCCAAGGAGUUGCUGGCAUUUCUUGCAGAAGAAGUGAGAAAGGGAAAUAGGCCAAAUAACACUUUCAGAACAAGCUCAUUUGUUGCUGCUGCAAAAAAUAUAUCAGAAAAAUUUAAAACUUCCUGCACGGCUAACGAUGUUGAGAACCACAUGAGGAUGGUGAAAGCUAAUUGGGCAAUCAUAUCGAAAGUUCGUGGUAACUCUGGAUUUGGGUGGAAUGACACUGUGAAGAUGGUAACAACAUCUCCUAAUGCUUACAAUAACUAUGUUCAGGAAAAUCCUUCUCAUGAGAAAUAUCUCAACCGAAAAAUUGAUAUGUAUGAAGAAAUAGCAAUCGUGGCUGGUAAAGACAUGGCUCGUGGAGACUUUUCUAAGAGUUUUGCUGAUAUUGAACUUAACAAUGAGAGUGGACAAGGGCAGCCUACAAGUAUGGCAGAAGAUGGGACAUCAAAAUCAGAUAGUGCCACUUCUUCAGAGCCAAGACAACAUCGUAAGAGGACUCGAGGUGAAGAUGACACUUGUGACUUGCAACAAAUAUCUAAUCAACUAGGAGAAGUGGUUAGUGCUCUGAAAAAAUUCUCAAACAACCAACUUGAUGUGGAGAAACUUUAUGAAGAGAUAAUGAAGAUGGAUGAUUUUGAAGAAGCAGUUCGUGAUGCCGUAUUUGACCACUUAGUUGAGCUAGAGAUGCUUGCCAAAACUUUUUUGACAAAGAGCAAACCUCUCCGAAGAGUUUGGAUCCGAAACUUUAUAAAUUCCCUUAAUCGUUAA